CAUGCGCAGAGGGAAUACCUGAGAAGCUCUCUCUAGGCCCCGGGCUGUGUCGUCCUUUGAGGGAGACUACAUUUCCCAGAAGGCCUCGCGCCAGCAGCCUGCUCAGAGGGAUGAUGGGUUUGUUUGGCCCGCUGAGCUUCCUGACCAGGAGAGUGGGUUCCGAGGGGUUCGGUGGGGGUAUCCCUCCUAACCUGACAGAGACCUGGAGUUCUGCUUCUUGGAAGUCCUGAUUUGACACCCUGACAGUGGAAAACUAGGGAAAACCCAAAGGUGUCCUAAUUACUCCAUGACUAAGUUCAUACUCCCUUUUUGUUUUUAAGUUCUUGUAUAGGUAUUGCAAGCCAUAGAAUCUAUGUCCUUUUUUUUUUUUUUUUUUUUUUUUUCCGGUGUUACGUUUUGCUUUGCUUUGCUUUGUUUUGUUUGGUGGAGGAGAAGGAAAAGAGGAGGAAGGAAGGGAGUGCAGAUAGGCACUUUUUGAUAAUCCCCCUGAGAAUUACACAAAGAACAAACUGAUCCAUUUGAUUGUAUGAGGUUAAAAAUGUGUGCACGAUAGUCAAGAAAAUGAAAAGACAAGCACAGAUAUCAAACACUUGCAAAAGAUACAUCUGAGAGGAAUUUUAUCCUAAAAAUGAAGAACAAUUAAAAUUCAACAAUAGGAAGAUGACCAAUAAAAAUGAAAAGAGCUAAAUAUAGUUCUGCAGAUGAAGCUAUUCCUAUGUUAAAUAGAGUACGAAAAACCUGGAAUCAUAUGCUAUCAUGAAACCGCAAAUUAUGAGAAUUUUAUAUUGAUCAAAAUGUGAAACAGUGCCAACCCCAAGUGCUGGCAAAAAGUCGCUUGCUCGCUGUUGGUGAGAAUGCAAAAUACUGUAACUUUGGUGGACAGCUCAGCAAUUACUUUUAAAUAUAAUUAAACAUCACUUCUCUGUAAAAUCCAGCAAUUGUGCACUUUGAUAUUCACCCAAUUUGUUUGAAAACUUUGGAUGACACAAAAGCUGUGUAUAUCUCUACAGCUGUUUACACAUAACUGCCCAGCUCUCACAGUUCACUGGAGACUGCACACAGAGGAGAGAGAUCCUGUGAGUGUUAUAAAUGUGGGAACAUUUGUGCUAAUAAGGCAAUCCUCAUGGUAAAUCAAAGAAUUCACUUAUGGGAAAAGUACAAUGUAAUGUAGGUGGGGAAAUCUUUGUUUAUAAGACUGCUCUCACAGGACAUCAAAGAACUCACACGGGAGAAAUCCUAUGAAUGUAAUGAAUGUGGGAAAACAAAGAACUCACCUCUGUGCACAUCAGAGAAUUCACCUAGAGGGAAACCAUAUGAAUGUAAUGAAUGUGGGAAAAUGUUUAUUGUUGACUCAUCUCUCAGGGAACAUAACAAUUCACACGAGGGAAAAACCCUAUAGAUGCAAUAAAUGUGGGAAAACAUUCCCCAAGACAUCUCAGAGCCCAUAUGCCAACCCACACAGAGGAGAAGCCCUAUGACGUAAGUGUGAGAAAACUUUUGACCAAAAGGGCUCAAGUACAUUUCAGCAGAAUGCACGCCAGAGAGAAAACCCUAAUACAUAAUAAAUGUGAGAAACCUUGAAGGAACUCAGCUUAUAUAACAGUGGGGAAACUCAUAGCACAAGGAAAGGCUUGACAAAGUUUCCCAGUCUCUUGUUCAUUCAGGUGAGUUUGCCCAUGGAAUUUGUUUGUAAACCUCUUGCCAUAUUGUAUUUAAACUUAUUGAUCUGUGGGAGAUGAUUGUCAAUUUAGGCACUGAACAUUGAACAUGGUAGAAUACAGAUGAAAAAAAAAAAGAGAAUAACUGGAAGAGGAUUCUUCACUUCCAAUUCUUUAUCACUUGAUUUUUUAAAAGUGGGAAUAAGGUUCUAUUAUGUUGAACUCGUAGAGAUAUGAUCUCUCAGUUAUAUGCAAAUAAUUAACCAAUACUUUUAAGAAUGUUAGGAAAUCAUGUGAAUACAAUAAUGUUGAAAGACCCAUAAGAAUGUAUUAUGCAUCACUUAAAACAAUAAGAAAACUCAAGAUGGUAGAAGAAUGUAAGAAGCCUUCAUUAAAAAUCAGAAAUUUAUUUGAAGCCCUGUAUUGCUCCCACCAUCUUGUUUUGACUGACUUUGUUCUGUUCUGUUUGAUAGUAUCAAGUUUGAGAGUAUAGGCAACUACUUUGAAUGCAAUAAGAUUCACUAUGAUGCCCAUUCUGGUUUGACUAUUAUCUUCUUUUGAAGUCCUGUAAUGUCUCCAAUGUUUGGGUUUUAUUGGUCUUUUUUUUUUUUUUUUUGGUCUUUUUCGUUUUUUAUUGGUACCAGGGAUCGAACACACGACUGCCUGCUUGCAAGGCAGGCACUUAUGCCGCUGAGCUAAAUCCCCAGCCCCUGGUAUUGUUCUGUACUGCUUUGUUCAAUUUUAUCAUACCUAAUGAUAUAGGCAAUUCUUUUUAAGGUAGCAAGAGGCAUUAUGGUAACCAUUGUUGAUUACCUUGUUUUUACAUCAUGUACUAUGUCCAUCCUUUGUUUUGACUGACUGCUUUGUUUUGUCAUAUUUGGUUUUAUUCUCUUCUAAAAAAAAGUAAUAAGAACUAUGGGAGUAAUAAAACCCAAAAUGUGUAAAUGUUAUUGUAAAAAAGAGAGGAAAAGAAAGUGCUCUAAAGGAUACAACUGCAAGUGUGUUUAGGUGUAUAAGAUAGAUGACUAUAUUACUAAGUUUUUGUUGGCUCAUUGAAUACAACUUUUUGCAAUCUCACUGUUUGAAUGACCACUUUGUAUGCUUUAAUCCUGUAACUUGAACAACUGUUUCUAAGAUGACAAUAUGUAAUCUAUUAACUAGUGAUUUCUUACAUUUUUUUUUGAAAUUCUGUAUUACUUGUACCCUUAUACUGUUUUGUGUUUUUUUCCUUUAAAUGAAAUUUUAAAAAAUCAGAAAUUUCAGGAACCCCACCCCCUUGAGUUAGUCAACAGCUAGUCGAUACCCUGCAGGAUGCUGAGGUGAGUGGUCCCAUGGAGGCUGUGGAAAUGAUGGCACUGAGCUGAGGGGACAAGGGAAAGGACAGAUGCUUCCGUAAAAUUUGGGCAAAGCAGAGAGAAAGAGAAGAGUGUUUCUGAGCACUUGGCCUAAAUUCCAGUUUCCUUCACUGAGAGACAAGGAUAAGGCUGUGUCUCCAGGAUGAUUCCAGCACCCACUAAAAUGCCUGCCUGAGAAGGCUUCAAGAUGACAGUAAAAUGUACUGUUUGUUGCAGCACAAAACUGGUGACAGGCAGGUAGCCUCACAAAGCAUGCAAUUAUAAGCACUUCCACAAGGGGAUAUGUCUUUUAUUGCCACAGCAUGUAGAAGUUGCUCCAAAAUGCUUGCAAUUGCAUCCUUGUUCUGCAUCCUUUCAGGUGAAGUCUAUAGUCCAGAAUCUUCUUUGCAAAAGUCAGAGAGUUCUGUUUUAGAAAUGUGAACAUUCAGGGAAAUGACCUUGCUUUUCCUUUCAGACCAUAGGGAAGGGCAAGUGGAAGGGCCUCAUUCUGGGGAUACCUUGCUCUACCCCCAAAACUGCCUCUCUUCAGUGCUGUCAAAAUCAAUACAGAUGCCUUUCAAAACCACUGAUGACCUACAACUGUGGUGGUCAGAGCGUCCAAGGUCCCUAAAUGCAGGGAAGUGAUGGGACAGCUUUGUGAUAAGAAUGAGACUUUGUUAUGCAGAUAAUCACACAGUGAAACUAUGGGGCGACAGAUUAACUUUAGUCAUUUAUGCCAACCCCAGUCUUCCUUUAUCCCAUGUAAACAGCUUAUAUUAUCUAAGACAGAGCAAGAACACAAUUAUCAAAACUAUUUACCUCUUAAAAUGCUCCAGGCAUCCUGACUUCCUGUCUUGGGAGGAAAUUCAGCCACUUACAGAAGAGAGUAAGAACCCACCAAGAAGCAAACCCUCCCUGCAAGCUAGUGCCAUGUGUGGGCUGCCACCAGUGGGGGGAAAGGCAGACCCCAGCCCCUUCCAGCCCAUGGGCUGGUAAACAAGAAGAGCCAAUACCUGCCCAAGCAACUGGCUGAUCUGGAGAAACAUGGGCUGCAAUGAUAGCUUUUCAGGUGAAAUACAAUUUAUUGCUUGUGGUGUUUGGUGUUUCACUGACUGUACAAGUCUAGGGCUGGUGGUCUGACCAUCUAUUUAGAAGAUAACAGUACACAGUGUGGCAUCUAUUGGGGAUUUCCUGUGAAGGUGGUAGCCAUUGUUAAUUCCUUAUUAUCUUGUUUUGAAGUCCUGAAUAAUAUUCAUUGUUUUGUUGGGUUGAGUUUUAUUUUGUUCUGUUUUGUUUGAUUUUGUUAUAUCCAAUGGCAUGGACAGCUAUUUCAAAGAUAGUGAGAUAUAUUAUGGUAGCCAUUUUGGGUUUACUAUUGUCUUGUUUUGAAGUCCUCUAUUGCAUUCAUUAUUUUGGUUUUAUUGGUUCUACUGUUUUGUUUUGUUUUAUUUUUACUAUUUCUGAAGGUAUCUGAAGCUAUUUUGAGGACAACAAGAGGCAUUAUGGUAACCAUUGUUGAUUUUGUAUUGUUUUGAAGUUCUCUGUGGCUUACACUGGUUUGUUUCAGUUGGGUUUAUUCUGUUUUAUUUUGCUUGGUUUUAUUAUCUUUAAAAUAAAAUAAUUUUUUAAAAAGCAAGAAAUCCAGCCACUUACAGAUCACUCAGUUCUGCAAAUGAUUGGAAGUGAUUUAAAAAUGUUCUAGGAGAUGGUAGAUUAAGCACAAGGAGAGGUUACUUUCCAGGUUCUAAGAGGGUCUUUUACAUAGAUGAGAUUGGCUUUGGACUCUGCUUUCUGGAUACUGCAGAGCUGGGAGGAUGGCAGAGAAGAACAAACAGGGUGAAGCAAAUGGCAGUCACCCAGCCAGAUCUUCUUUCUUUCUUUCUUUUUUUGGAAGAUCCUCUUUCAAGCAAACACUGAUUUCAACAGACAUCAGGCUUCCAACAACAAUCUUGAGAGACAAGAGCUCAAUAGAGUAUUAUUUUCAUAGCAUAAAAGAAAAAAGUUAGCUUUAAAAUUAUGAAUAUUCAAAUUCUUUUAAAAUGAGGACACAAAAAGUUGUUUUCAGAAUGCAGGCUUCAAAAGUUUUAGGUCAUCUCAAUUCCUUUGAAAAUAUUCCUAAAGAAUAUACUCCAGUCAACAGGCAAAUAAACCUAGAAACAUUGUGUCAGACUUGUGGAAAGAUUGAUUUGGGGGGCAUUUAUUAUGCAAACUACAUGAAAAUAGCAUCACAAACAACUCAGAAGUAAUGUCUAAGCAAAGAACACUUUGACUAUUACACUGGACAAAACCAAAACAGAGCUGACCAGAGAGGAUGGUGAGUUGAGAUGAUCAUGGUAUUGACACACAGAAAACAUUGGGGCGAUUAGCAUAAGUAAUUAUAUAAUCACCAUUACCAUCUUUGCUAGCGUUUCCUCUCUUUUGAUUUUCAAUGAUACUCACCCUACCAGUGUAAGAUAAUAUCUCAUCAUGAUUUUGGUUUGCAUUUUCCUGGUGAUUGAUGAUGUUAAACACUUUUCUCUAUGUACCUGUUGUUCAUGUCUGUAUAUUUUUAGAAAAGUCUAGUUAGCACCUUUGGCACUGUUUAAGUUCCUAAUAUAUUUUGGGUAUUUAUCCUUUAAUGAACACAGAGUUAGCAAACACUUUCUCACAUUCUGUCUGCUUAGAUAUAUGAUUCUCUUGAUUUGCAGAAACUUUUAGUUUGAGAUGAUGCCACUUAUUAAUCUUUGCUAGGAUUGCUGAGAUUGUGUACAUAGUUGGUGUCAAAUACGAAAAAAAUCAUUGCAACACUAAUGUCCAGUAUCUUUCCUGCUGUGCUUUUGUCUAGAAAUUUUAUAGUUUCAGGUGAAUACUUAGGUCUUUAAUAAACUGGGGAUGAUUUUUUUGAUGCUGUAAGGUAUGGGUCCAGUCUUACUAUUUUGUGUGUGGAUAUCCGGCUUCCCAGCAUUUGGAACAGAUUAUUUUUCCGAGUUCUUGGCAUCCUUGUCAAUGAUGACUUCACUGCACAUAUCUGAAUUUGUUGGUACUAUAUUCUGUCCCAUUGCUCAAUGUGUCUAUUUUUAGGCUACUACCAUACUGUUUUUACUACUAUAGCUCUGUAAUACAAUUUUAAAUCAGAUACUACGAGCAUCUAGAUUUGUUCUCAAAAUUUCCUUGGUUAUAUAAAAUCUUUUAUAGUCACAUGGGAAUUUUACAUUUUUUUCUUUCUGUGGAAAAUGUAAUUCAAAUUUUGUAGGGACUUCAUAGAAUGUAUAGGUCACUUUGCAUACAGUAUGGAUAAUUUAUCAAUAUUAAUCUAUGUAAUAACACAUGCACUUGUGUCUUUUUUUUUUUUUUGUCUUUUUCGUUUUUAUUGGUACCAGGGAUCGAACUCACGACUGCCUGCUUGCAAGGCAGGCGCUUAUGCCGCUGAGCUAAAUCCCCAGCCCCUUGUGUCUUUUUCAGUUACUUUUACCACCAUCUCAUUCUGUGCAUAAUUAUUUUACAGACUUGAAAAAUUUAUUUCUGCAAAUUCUAUUUGCUGAUAUCAUUGUAAAUGGAAUUACUGAUAUCUUUUCUCAGUAGCUCAUUGUUAUUUUACAACAAUAUAUGUUAAUAUCUUUAAGCUAAUUAUAUACUAUGCCAAUUCACUGAAUUUAUUACUUUUCUUUAAAUGUAUGAGAAUACCCUCAAAUAGACUAUUUACUGUUUUUUUUUCAAAUUUAGAUGGCUUUCCUUUUUUAUCUUUCUUAAUUGCUUUGAAUAGGACUUCAGGAAAUUCUCACACAUUCCCUGCCACACACACACACACACAAAUCUGAGAGGUGUGUAUGAAUGUUACACAUGCCUUACAAGAAAUACUAAAAGAAGUUCACCAACUAGAAAUGAUAUUGUUACAGCAUUAAGGACUAAACACGGCAAGAAAUGACACCAAGGAAGUUUAGGAGGCAGUUUAUGACAUGGUAGGCUUGACUGGGAUCUCUCCCAAAAAGUCAGCGCCACCAGGUGGGGUUCUAGGGAUUUUAUGGGGACAGCAGUCCGAGAAGUACAAAUGUAAGUUUUGGCGCAAUAUGAUUGGAGAGUUGGGUGACAUCUUGGGCUGCUAAGGGAGUUUACAUAUUUUAGGUUACAUUGCAGGGUUACCAGUUAUGUAAAGCAUGGGUUAUACAAAGGAAGAAAUGUCCUGUUAUAUUUUAAGUUCCAUUACAAGGGCAUUAGUUACAGAAAGGCAAUAAAUAAAGACAGGGCUGAUACAAUGAGCAAGUGUUUUGUUAAUCAUGACUGCACAGAUACCUCUGCCUGGUUUUGGAGAGCAUUCUUGGCAUGCUUUAUUUAAAAUUUUAAUUUCACUUUCAGCACUCAGCUACAUGGAAUGAGAAAUGACAGAGUUAUAAUAACUGACACCAUAGACAUACAAGAAUCAAUACAAUAUAUAUAUAUAUAAUUGUAUUCUGAAAAAUUGGAUAGCCUAGAACUGGUAAAAUUUCUAGAAAUACACACUGUCCAGGUCUGAGACAUACAGUAAAAAUCUGAACAGAUAAACAGUCAGUCACAAGAUUGAAUCAGAAAUCAAAUUUGCUUCCCAACAAAGAUUUUGUCCAAGAGCAGACGGCAAUUAUGGGGGAUUCUGCCAAACUUCUUUCAAAGAGAAGUAAUAUUUUUCAUGUACUUUUCUGCAAUGGAAGAAGAAGACUUUCAAACUUAUUUUAUGAGGCCACCAUCACUAAGGGAAGAAUCAAAGAGACUAUAAGCAUGAUUAUUUUGUUAAUUAUGAUGGAUUAACUGAAAUAUUAAUGUGGUUCAUUAUAUGCAUACAGCACGAACUGAUCCAGUCUCAUCCCGUUUCAAUCCACCCUCCCCACCUCUCAGUCUCUAGCAAUCAGGAUCCUACGUCCAGGCUAUUUUCCUUUUUUAACUUUCACAUGUGGCAGAGAACAUGCAGUUCUUGGUACUCUGCACCUGGCAUGUGUGACUUAACAUAAUGACCACCGGUUACAUCCCUAUGGUCAAUGCAGGGUCUCAUUCUAUUCAUAUGGCUGAACAGGAUUCUGUUAUGCAUAUUUUCUUCAUUCAACCAUGAAUGGGCAGCUCAUUUGAUGUAAGAUAUACCAUCAAAUUGCACAAUAAACAUGGGCAAGCAAAUAUUCCUUUGAAUGAUGGGUACCCAGGAGUGGUAUGCAUAGUUGGACCAUAAGGUAGAUCUAUUUUUCAUCUUUGGAAAUUUUACAUAACACGCUUCAUAAGGGUUGUGCUAGUUCACAUCCUCAGAACAGUAUAUAAGCAUUUUCUUUCCUCGAUCUCCCUGAAAAGUAUUGUUACUUUCUUUUUAUGAUAGCCAUCAUAACUGGGAUGAAAGCUAUUUACUAUAGCUUUUAUGGUCAUUUCCUGGAUGACAAAUGAGCAAAAGAUAUACUACUGGAUUUGAAAACACUGGUGUGUGGAAGAUUGUGAUGUGUGUAUGUGUCCCUCCGUAUGUGUGUAGUAGUACCAAGUCUUUGAACAGUUUAAGCUUUAUUAAGUACACAAUUAUACAUGCUAGACACAGAGAAAAAUAUCCCUGGGAGUUGAGGUUCUGAUAAGAAUUUCAUACUUCUGCAUUUUCAAUGAUGAAUUUUAUCUGUUAAGGGCCCUUUGGAAAGGGAACAAAAGUUUAAAACAGUACGUUGUAGAAUAUCCAAGAAACUGGAGAGACUAAGGAGGGAGUCUCCGGAGGACUCUUUAAUGGUGCACCAUCCCAGCCACUGGAAAUGUGCAAAAUCAGGCUGAGCCGGGAAGCAAGGAAAGGUGACUUUUAUAUAAUCUGUAGUGUCAAGCAGGUAAAAAGAGACAGCAAUGAAACAAAGGAAGUAAGUGAUCCCAGCAGCUAACCCUAUCUUAGCCUCAAGGAAAAAACACUCCUGUGCUUCUCUGGGACCUGAGCAUGCUGUGAGGCUGGUUUACAGCCCCUUGUCAGCUCCACUGGUGAUGUCCACAGCCUUGUCCUUCUGAAGGAGGAGAUUCCUAUGGGAGAACACUUGACCAGUCUCCCUUACCAGGGAGGAAAGCCCAGGACCACAGUGCUCUGGGGACUGGCUUGCCUGCAGCUGGAAUUUUACAGAGAAAGAGAGAGAAAGGCUAAGUCUCUCCUUAAGUUCUGCUAAGUACUCAGAAUUCACAAAAAUAAGUAUGUGAGAUAUUUCGGUUUUCUCACUGCUAUGACGUGACAAAGACAUUAAAUGGGAAGCAGGAGCUGAGGAUAAUGAGAUCCUGGGCUUCAGAUGUGUGCAGGUCCCAGGCCAGGACAGCACUGCCUGUGCUGGAGAGUGGGGGAGGGGAGGGCUGUGGCUGAGUCCCUUAUCCCCGCCCCUCCUCCAGCCCAGGAGCCCUUUGUGAUGAGGAGGCCACAGCUCUGUGAUGCAGGCCUGGGACCCCUCCCUGCUUCCAGACAGAACUCUCAGGGCUCAGUUGCCUGAGAACAACACUGCAAUUCAGAUGAUGGAGAAUCUUCUCACUCCUCUGAAAAGCCUUAACACCAUGUGGCUGAGCCCCAGCUCCACCACCUUUGCCAUGGACAUGGUCCUCGCCUUUGUGUGUGGACUGGGGCUGUACCUCCUGUUACUGCCCUGGCUCCCGGCUGAACCAUCCUUGCCACCAUCCAGGAGAACUAGAACCAUCAGAAAGCAUCCAGUGCGGAUGAGGUUGAAGAACAGGAGCAGGAAGAGGACUGGCGCGCUCACAGAUUGCCAGCUUUAUCAGAAGUUGGAUAAGACCGUAGUAUCACUUCUGAAAAGCUUCAAGAAGCUGCUUCCUGACCAAGGAAGCCCUCAGCAGCCCUCACAUCCACAAUGUCAUCCUCCUGUGUGCAAGAAAAAACCUGCCACAGCCCCACAGCCAUACAGGGAGCACGAGGACUCUGCCACUCUGUCCUCAGCAGAGGCUGACUCCCCUCCUCUCACUCAGCACCUUCCACCUCUGGCCUCCUCUGCAUCAUCAGGCUGGUCCACAACCUCCUCGGAUUUUGGGGAUUCAACUACAUCAUUUACAGCCUCUCAGCUGCCAGAAUCCCUGCCUCCCCUGGAAAGAAUUUCACCCUGCCCACUUCCACACACCUUCUCCCCGCCAUGUCCCCCCAAUCCUGCCACAACCCCACAACCCUGGUGGGACACUACAGAGAAGCCAGAUCAGCAGCUCGGUCCUCAUCGGCUCUCACAUUCUAAGACUGCGGGGAUCCACUUUGAGCAGAAAUGGAACCAGCUGUUCUGGGGUCUGCCCUCUCUGCACAGCGAAUCUUUGGUGGCUGAUGCCUGGAUCGCGCAGAAUCCAUCUCCUCUACAGCCUCCUCCAUUCUUAUUCAACAAAAUCUCAACUCUUCCUCCAGCUCAAGGGCAGGAUAAAAUUCCCCCACAGGCCCUGUCCUAUCUGGACCCCCAAGCCCCACCCAUGAUUCUGUCCACAGCUGGAUUCCAGCCCCCUCCUCCAGGUCAGGUCCUGACUCAGGCCCAUCUCCAGCCUUUCCCCCAAUCUGUCCUACCACACUGCGUAGCCCACGUGAGGGACUUUGGAGCAGUUUGGUCUACACCCCAUAAUAAUCCAAAGCACCUGAUCCCUAUUGAAAUACAACACCCAGGUGGGCCCACAUUAAAGACACAGACCCAGCAUAAACGGCCUUCACUAUCCACGGUCCAGGGCUGGCAGGAGGACUGCAGGAUGCCCAGUCUUUCCCCAAACCACUGGGCCACUGCCAUCCCUCCUAUGGCUUUCUCACUCAGCCCGGAGCACUGGAAACUACUGGAGCAACACAUUCAAAAGGUGCUCAAUCAACACCAUGGGCACCAGGCCCGCAGGAUCCCAGAACCUCUAGAGCUCACCCAACUUCAGUGUCAUGUAGCUCUCACAUGCCAGGCGAAGGAAAAAUGCAGCCCCUCCGAGUGCUGCUCCAUGAGCACUGCUGCCUGCAGCGAGGGUGGGCAGGAGGUAGAGGCCCGGGCAGGCAGGGCCUGGGACAGGAAUGUGGGCCGUAGUCUUGGCAAGGUCCCCAGAGACCGGCCCAUGUUCUCAGAAAGGGCCUCUGUACCCUUUCCACGGGAGAUUUCUGCACAGUCAGAAAGAAUCAUGAUGAAUCCCACAGACCAGGAUGCAGGAAAUGACAGUCAGCUAGUGGCCAUGCUGGAAGUGCACUUGGCUGUGAAGUCCAGGCAGAUCCGGCAGGGGCUGAUCCCCUUGAGGCUGCGCCGGUCCUGGCUUUCUGUCCCUGCAGCCUUUCCCACCACAUGCAUACCAGAGAUGUCAUCUUCAGCAGUCAGAAAGCCUGCAAGGGCCCCUCUCAGAGGCUUCCCUCUCUAAACUCACGUACUCUGAAGACCCUGGAGGUGCACAGGAAAAGGGUUUGGGUAACACACAUGUGGGGCCUCCCCUCAAGCUGCUAAGAGCCAUCAACCACCUCCAGGGAAAGAGACUCCACCCCAGUCCUUCUGUAGUCUGCUUGCCCAUCCAAAGUCCUAUACUGUCCCUAUACUGGACAGACUCCUUGUCCUUCCAACUGUGUGGAGGGAGACUGAGAGGGCCCUAACAGGGAUCCCCUCCUCCCCCACUCUGUGAUGCCCAGGGAUCCUUAAUGGCCCCUCCAGCUGCACAAGGCAGCAGGCAGCCUUCCCAGCAACUGACUCACAGUCUCAGUGGCACAACCCACGAGAGCAGAAGCAUCCUGGGCACCAGCAAGAGGCACCCUAGAAGUCCUGGUGGUGCUUACAGCAUGUGUGGUCCCAGAGGCAUGAGAGUGAUGGCUUCAGCCAGGCAUCGGGAAUGUGCUUCAGCACUGAGUGGAGAUGAAGUCAGUGAACCAGUCUCAGGUCUGUGCCCUGCCUCUGCAGUUUCCAGACUUGUCCUCUGAUGCAUGCCAAGCUGCAGAUGAUUUGCCUUCUGUGACAUCCCAGGGCCGGCUCCACAGUGUGUCUCCUGGGACCAGGCAUCUUUGCAGCUGAUAGCUGACCUAAAGGCAGACAGAGAGAGGAGCCUGGGGCAGCACAAGCUCACGAUCCCGCGCCAUCAACACAGAAGACAGAAAGCAAGGUGUCUGCCCUGGCUGAAAAGGGUGAGGCCAACAGGGACCCAUUGCAGAAAACUGUGAGUACCUUGCGACCUCCAUACCCACCCAGGACUGGAGAAUAGAAGACACCUUUGAGAGAAACACUUUUGGAUCCUUUUACGAAAGAAACUAGUUCUUUCGAGAGGAUUCUUCAAAGGUAGCAUGAGGACAUUUCUACUAUGGAUUUCUCCUGAGAAAAACAUCAAAGAGCAGGAAGAACCCCAGAGGAAAGGCCAGACUGCACCUCCUCUGCCUGGAGCCAGACAGCAGCCAAAACCAGCUCCUGUGUGGCUCACACAGUUGCGGGGACUCAGAUUCUCAUGCAGGAUGCUGGGCUGAUGUAAGAUGACAAGUUAAUUAAGUGCGAACUUCUUGCCUUGGAGUUAAAUCAGCACAAAGAGAACAAAGAUCAAGCCUGGUUCUCCGGGGUUCCCUGCAGCCACCAUCCUUCUAGACAGAUCACAGGAGAACACUGGGAUGUGCAGCCACACCCAAGGAAAGGCACCCCAGUGCCCAGGGGUCCUUGAACACUGCACAGUUCACCAGUGGGCUACAGAGCUGUCAGUAUCCCCACCUGGUGCUCUCCUGUGGACCUGUGCUCACAGCGUGGGCAAAUAGUGCCCAGGGCCUCAGGUCACCAUCACCACUGCCCGAGGCCUCACCUCCUUUUAGGAGGUGUUCUGUGUGUUCAGCCAGAAAAUUUCUCCCCAUUCUUUCCCGGUAGGAAAAGACAUCACCAAGAAAAAUUUAAAUUCAUUUACAGAAAAAAUUAUUUUCUAUUACCUGUCCAUGUUCAUUACUAUUGCCCAAUACACCUAUUUUUCCUCCUAA